UUUUGACUGGUUUUUUUAGGUGUCAUUUGCGCAUGCGCACUGGGUAGCUCUCUAUAAAUCAUUACUCAGUGGGCAUUUUAACGCUGAUCUGGUGCAAAAAAAACCCAUCAUCGGAUCAUUGAAGAGGCUGAGAGGACCGUCACCAUGGCAAUCAGCGGAUCAUACAUGCAGGUAGCGCUGCUUCUGCUCGCGCUCCAGCUCCUCUGUGUCGGCGCCGCUGAGGCGGACCAGGAGACAGGGACUGUGAUCCCAGCCGAAAGUCGUCCAUGCGUUGACUGCCAUGCCUUUGAGUUCAUGCAGAGGGCGCUGCAGGAUUUGAAGAAGACAGCUUUUAACCUUGAUGCCAGGACGGAGACGUUGGUGCUGCGGGCGGAGACGAGGGCUCUGUGCGACUGCAUGCCCACCACCACACUGCGCUGAGCCCCGCCAGCCUCAGACGCCCAGACAACCCUCCAUCUCCGGCCUCUUAACAUUUACAGAAAAACCCAUCUGAACUUCUCUAAACAAACAGGCACUUUAUUUAAUUUGUUUCCCUCAUCAUCUCAUUUGAUCUCGGCUCUGAUUUCAACCACAGGUGGACAUUUUUUUUUUUGUUUUUUUUUGUUUCCUCGUGUAGGACUUUGACAUCACCGAUGUUUGUGUAGUGAAACGCUCUGAAUCUUAUAAACUGUCCUCAUCGUUUUCUGCUGUCCUCAUCUUUGGAGCAUAAAUGCGUUUUUCUACUUUCUAGUAACUGA